CAAACGAUCUCUUGCACAAGUUCCGAUACGUCUGUGAAUCAAUUUGGCCUAGCAAGUUCCUGUAUCGAAGCUUUUUUCCAUAUCUCUCUCUCUCGCUGAAGGAUGGAGCCAACCAAGGCCAACAGUGGCGACGUGCUCCAUGAAUUCUUCCCCUUCUUCAAGGUAUACAAAGAUGGGCGCGUCGAAAGACUGAUGCCAAUGGAGAAACUGAAGGUGCCGCCAUCCGAAGACGCCGAGGUCCGGUCCAAGGACGUGACCAUCUCCUCUGAGCCAGUGGUCUCGGCUCGCGUCUUCAUGCCAUGCUGGCCCGGCCCGACAGAGAGGCUCCCGGUCCUAAUUUACAUCCACGGCGGAGGCUUCUCCAUAGGGUCUGCCUUCCACCGGGGGCACCACGAAUACGUGAGCUGGCUCGUGGCGAAAGCUCAUGUCGUUGCUGUUUUGAUCGAGUAUCGUCUUGCCCCAGAGAACCCGAUCCCCGCGUGCUAUGAUGAUGCGUGUACCGCGACCCAGUGGGCAUUGGGACAUGCCAAUGGGAACGGCCCUGACCAGUGGCUGAACAAGCACGCGGAUUUCGGGCGGGUCUAUAUAUCGGGGGAUAGCGCUGGGGCAAAUAUAUCCCACAACGUGCUUGUUCGGAUUGGGCGCACCGGGUUUCCUGCCGGUGUUACGAUAGCAGGGGUGGCCAUGGUACACCCGUACUUCGGAGGGACCGAUGACGACAGGAUGUGGCUGUACCUGUGCCCUGAGAACAGCGGGUUGGCAGAUCCGAGGCUGAAGCCGCCACCCGAGGACCUGGCCAGGAUUGGGUGCGAGAAGGUGCUGGUGUUCCUGGCUGAAAGGGAUCACCUGAGGGGCCGAGGACUGUGGUACUACGAGGAGCUGAAGAAGAGCGGAUGGGGCGGGACCGUUCAGAUUAUGGAGCAUGAGGGCGAGAGCCAUGUGUUCCAUCUCUUGAAGCCUCACUGCGACAAGGCUUUGGAUUUGAAGGACAAGUUGGUGACUUUCUUUAAAGGAACAUAAUGGGAAAAAAACAGUGCAAAUCAACUGAGGCUCGUCAUUUUGCUUGAAUAACUGUAUGAACAAUAGAACGAUCUAUGGUUUGACUCUUGUUUUCGAUCGUGUACACGUACAAUGACUUU